AUGAAUAAUUUUUUAAUAAAGCUCAAACAAAUAUCAGAACAAUAUAACAAUCUGUUAUUAGAAAAAAAAAUAAUAGACAAAAGAAUUGCAAAUGUAGAAGAAAAUAUAAAUAAAUAUGAAGAGGUAAAACAGAAAUCCAUAAAAGAGGUUGAACUAAAGAAAAAUCAAUUAUUAAAAAAUAAAAAUAAACAUUUAAUAAAAUGCCAAAAAAUGGAAGAGCUAAACAAUAAACUUAAUGAAAUAUUAAUACGAAAACAAAGCAUAGAUGAUGAAGAAGAAAAAAAAAUUAUAAUAAAACAAAUAGACACUAUUAACAAUACAUAUAAUUUAUUAAAAAAUGUACAAAAAUUAAAUGACGCUAUAGUUAAAGAAGACAACAAUUAUUAUAAACUAAUUAGUGAACAAAUUAAUAAUAAUGGUUUUAGUAAUAAAAAAAUAUUAAAUAUGUUAAACUGUUUCAUAGUCAAAAGCAGAAUAAAUAUACACGAAAAGGACAUUGAUGAAAAUGUUUCAUUUAAUAAGAUUGGAAAUUCCGUUCCGAGUCUGGAUACCAAUACAAAUCGAUGUAUUACCACAAAAAACUUUACCACUAAUUUCAAAACAAUUCAAACUAAUGAAAUAAUUAAAAAAUUGAUAUACUUAUUUUCGAACGAAUAUGAAACGUUUCCUUUAGAAAAACAGCAAUUCUUAUUUGUUCUAUUAAUGAAUGUUUUAAAACAUGUUGUUUACCAAAAAGAAAAAAUUGUUAUACAUGAUAAUGACAAAGACAAAUCGAAUCAAAUUAUUCAUAAUUUUUUAUAUCACAAUUAUAUAUUGUUGUGA